GGGGAUAUCCAGAAUGCAUUAGACGAUCUAGCACGGAUCGACCCCGAGACCGCGGACUUUUCUGAGGGGGAUAUCCAGAAUGCAUUAGACGCUCUAGCACGGAUCGACCCUGAGAGCGCGGACUUUUCUGGGGGUGAUAUCCAAGUUGAAUUCGGCCCUCCAGUACAGAACGACCCUGUGGCACGGAUCGACCCUGAGCGCGCGGACUUUUCUGAGGGGGAUAUCCAGAAUGC